AUGGCAAUGGAGCUGCACGCGAAAGCUCAAGCCGAAGGGGAUAAGCCUCUGGCUUGGGACAAGCUCACAGAUUGGGGGAGGAGGAGAUAUCUGACGGCGGCGAAGAAAACGAUUGGGCAAGAGAAGAGGAAGGCCGCCAUUGCCGAGCAAAACGCGAGGAGAGCGCGGUGGAGGACGACGUUGUGGCCCCGGGGUUUGGGAGCGGUUGACCCAGAGCUCUCAAACGGGAAUUUUGGAGGAGUUGAGGGGGAGCAGCUUGCGCAGGCGGGUGAGGAGUCUGUGGACUUGAGUUUGGGGCUGGAGGAUCUCCAGGCGCCAGUGGCAAGUCAUUUUGAGGAGCGGAUGGGGACAUCUGAUCCUUACGGUCUUGGGGUCCUGGAGGGCAUCUGA